AUGUGCUGGCCCUUCGCCGACAUCUGGCUCGAGACGCCACCUUCAUCGCCGCCACCGCCGCCUCCGAAGAGACCCCAUCGCCGCCGGGAGACAAGAAAGAUCUUCGUUCCUUCCGAACCUGCCAAACACUUCGCCACCACCAAUUCUCGAUCUCGCAACGAGCACAAGGUCAUCGCUGCAAAACGAUCAGCACACACUUCGUUCAACAUCAACAUGACCGCCACGGCCGAAGACGAUAGUGGCAGUGAGCCUGAUCACUGGCCUGACGACGCCACCGGUCUCGAACACGUCGCAAUCGCGGCUCCAGGCUACAACUCCCACAAUGCCCUGCGCUCACAAUCUUACGUCGCUGCCAAAAGCCCCUCAGUCGCCCCUUCCAAGGCCCCUUCCAAAGCAGCUUCCUCGCCCAAAUUCGAACCCGUCCAGCAACAAGCAGUCUACUACCAAGGCCCAGCCUUCUCAGCUUACCAUCAACCUCAGUACACUUACGCUCCACAGCCCCGGCCCCAGCCCUACGCCUACCCGUACCCGCAAGCCUACUACGGAUACCCAACCGCACCAGUCUAUCCGCCCCAGCAAAUGGCGAACUAUCACGUUUACCAACCUCAAUACGCCGCUCCUCAACAGCCUCGGCCGUAUGAGUGGAAGGGUCGCACCAAGAAGCAGGUCGAGGAGGAUAAUAUGAUUCUUGCGGCUAAAGUCGGCGCGUAUGAUAAGCGUAAGGUUGUACCCACGGGUGUUAAGGAUGAGCAGAUGAUGUGGUGUGUUGAGACUGAUGGGUCGCAUACUUUGCGUACCUUCGUCUCCAUCAAGGGACUCAAGGGCGAGUGGAAGAAGGACCCGAGGUUUGAGGAGAGCUACUACUUUGUGCGUGGGGAGGGAGAGAAGAAGGAGGAGACCAGAGGGGAGAAAAAGGGUGGCAAGAUGUGA